AUGAACCUGCGAUUCGCUCUGCUCGCCUUGGGCUUGUUCCGAUGUGGGGCAGCCCUCUCUGAGCGUCGAGACGCACAAAGUCAGUCGGUCGUCAGUUGGGAUCGUCAUUCGAUCUUGCUCAGAGGGGAACGAAUAUUUAUCCAAUCUGGUGAAUUUCAUACUUGGAGGCUGCCAGUCGUGUCUCAGUGGACCGAUAUUCUUCAGAAGUUUACUGCUGCGGGACUCAAUACAGUAUCAAUCUAUGGCAAGUCGAUCUUCAAUACAUUGGAAUCUAUCAGGGGACUGGUCAAUCCAAUCAAUGGGACCACCGAUUGGAGUGGAUUCAAGUCUCUUCAACCUCUUUUUGACGCUGCUCGAAGUGCUGGCCUCUUCGUCAUCGUCCGUCCAGGGCCGUACAUUAAUGCUGGUGGGAUACCUGGAUGGGUCACCACGCUUUCGUGUCCCCUUCGCACGAACGCGACCGAGUUCGAUAGAUCCUGGAGGCAAUAUUGGGACGAAAUGAUCGACCAUAUCGUGUUGAAUCAGAUCGGCUUGCCAAAUGGUACCAUCAUCGGUGUCCAGGUUGAAAACGAAUAUUUGACCGACGCGCACUCAUCCCAGGGCCAGCCUGCCGGAAAGGACCAGUAUAUGCAGGAUUUGGCUGAUGCUUUAGCAGACAAGGGAAUCGUAGUUCCCCUAACUGUGAAUGAUGCGGGCAUGGACAGGAACUACGCCACUGGCAGGGGAUCUGUGGACAUAUAUGGCUUCGAUUCUUAUCCUCAAUCAUUCGAUUGCUCCGAGCCUACCCGUUGGAAACCUGUCGUCGAGGCCUAUAGGGAAUACCAAGAUUCGUUGCACCUGGAAUCACCCCUCUUUAUACCUGAGUGUGCUUUCUCUUUCUGGCUUAUUGCAUUGACGGGCCCGGAGUUUGAGUCGGUAUUCUACUUAAAUAACUUGGCAGCCAAUAUUAAAAUGAUAAAUUACUACAUGCUUUAUGGUGGAACUAACUGGGGACAGUUGGCUUUCCCAGGCACCUAUACGAGCUAUGAUUACGGCUCAGCGAUAUCCGAAGACAGGACGCUGAACGAGAAAUAUACGGAGUUAAAACGCCAAAGUCUCUUCCUCAGAUCUUCCAAGGAAUUUUAUGAGACCGAAGUCGUCGGCGAUAGCAAGCGGGACCCAAAUUACUUUGAUGGCGAAAGUGGCAAUCACGCAUUUGUGACUGAGCUCAGGAAUCCGACCUCUGGAGCAGGAUUUUACAUAGUCAGGGCGCUAAACUCCACUUCAAUCAAAGCGACGAAGUUCAGGUUGAAUGUUCUCACUUCCGUUGGACUGAAGCAACUUCCUGAGAUUACUCUAUCGCCUCGGCAGUCGAGGAUACUAGUCACCGACUAUCAGAUCUCUUCUGGAAGCGAGAACCUCGAUGGCCCACGCCCAAUCAAACUCCUUUACACUACAUCGAGUGUUUUGCUAUCGGCGCGCAUAGGAGGACAUGACGUCCUUUACUUGUUUUCGAACGGUGAUGAACAAGCAUCACAGGACAUAGAACAUGCAGAGACCAGUUUGCUCAAGAUUGCCAACCUAGAGUCAGGCUACUGGACACGAAGCUUCCCUGAAGCUGGCCAGGCAUCGAGCUUCCAAAUUUCUUCACAGGACAACACGGAUGGUUACAGGAAGAUCAACUGGCGCAUUCGCGAUGGAGACGCCAUAUUUGCGUUGGGUGCUCAAGAUUCACUCGUCCUGAUGACAAGCAAACGGAUGGCUGGCGAAGUUUGGAAUCCAAUUCUGGUUCAAGCCGACUCCUUCAGUCCACCCACGAGUGUUCUGAUCUGGGGACCUUGGCUGGUUCGAAAUGCGUCAAUUAGCAUGACCGAAAACUCCAAGAAAAGCGUCUUGCGGAUCUGGGGAGACCUUGAAGAAGGUUUGAGGAAAGAGGUCAUCAUAUAUAUUGGCGGGUUGGCCAUUGGAGCAGUGGAAUGGAAUGGGAAGAAAAUUCACAAUAUUUCCAGAGCUCCCCAAUCUGAUUUCUUGAGCUUUGUGUACUACCCCAACUCGUUUAAAAGCUCUAUGGACAAUAAACUUAAUAAUCAACUUACUCAAGUGGGCAGUCGAAUUGAUCUCCAAACCCUCCACUGGAGCUAUCGGGAUAGUCUUCCUGAGAUUGAGAGUACCUUUUCGGAUGAAAAAUGGACCGAAGCUACGAUCGAGGACAGCAACAAUCACUAUAAAAAGCUCUAUGGAAAAUAUUACCUUUAUGCCUGUGAUUAUGGAUUCUGCAAUGGCGCCACAAUUUGGCGGGGUCAUUUUCUUCACAAGUGCCAAUCAUUCUUUCAAGACCAGCAUCAAGUCCGGUUGGAUGUCCAGAAGGAGUCUCCGAUGUUGGGAAUCAAUUUGACCGUCGCCGGGGGUGAUUUUUUUGCUGCCUCCGUUUGGUUGAACGAUGUCUUUCUCGGAAGUCUUCCAAAUUCCACUUCCAAAUCUGAUCCAAAGUCUUACUCUAAAACCCUCAUGAACACCUUUCAUUUUCCUCCAGGCUCGUUGAAAAAAUGUAGAGCUAACAUCAUCACAGUCGUUCAAGAUUCUAUGGGGAUGGAUCAAACCGAGGAUGGUUUUUCGGAUACAGUCAAGCAUCCCAGAGGGAUUUUGGGCUAUAAAUUUGAAGGACGAGGGGUCGAGGACAGCCUAGGGGAGAUUUCUUGGAAAGUACAGGGACAGCUGGGUGGAUUUUACAAGCUCCCGGAUGCGGAUAGGGGGAUUUACAAUGAAAAUGGUUUCUACAGUAUUCGAUCAGGAUGGCAUUUACCAGGCUACGAUGGGCAAGACAGUUCCAAAUGGAGAGCUCUCUCGCCUAUAAGUCAUGGUCUGAAGACCGCUGGGAUUGGGUUUUAUCGUACCAUUGUCAAGCUAGACCUGGAGCCAGGAUACGAUGUGAUCCUCAGUUUUCACUUUCGGCAACCACAAGCCAACCAAGGCCGCUAUCGAGUCGAGUUUUGGGUCAACGGGUGGCACAUGGGCAAAUUUGUCUCUCAUCUGGGUCCACAGACGAGGUUCCCUGUUCAUCAAGGUAUCUUGAACUAUCAAGCUGACAAUUAUUUCACACUUACCUUAUGGGCACUCGAUGAGGAUGGAGCGAAGAUCUCUGGCUUGGAAUUGGUAGUUGACAAGAUCCUUGAAGGUGGAAUUGGGCCCAUUGAGAACCAUCACCCACCGUACAACCACUCUAUGCGUAAUCCUCUUGAUUAUUAG